GCUACCUGGAGCCGCGGUCUCAGCACCAGCAAGAUCUUUAGUUGUGGCGACGCGGGCUGGGCAGGAGCAAAGGGUCUGAUCGGUCUUUCUUCACGUCACUAGGCUGCGGGGAAGGUUCGGGGCCGGGAUCCCUCGCCGCCGAAGGACAGCUGCCCCGGACUUGUGGACGCCUGUCCUGCCCCUCGGUGCACCGCCCCUGCAGGCUGCUCGCUGUCCGCGCCAUGGCCGACCACCUGAUGCUCGCCGAGGGCUACCGCCUGGUCCAGAGGCCACCGCCCGCCUCGCCGGCUCACGGCCCCCAUGGGCUGCGGACUCUGCCGCCGUAUGCGGGCCCGGGCUUGGACGGCGGAUUGCGGCCGCGAGGGGUUCCGCUGGGCCCACCGCCUCCGGUUCCCGGGUCACUGGCGUACCGGGCCUUCGGGCCGCCUCCAGCCUUCCAGCACUACCCCGGGGUGCCGCCGCCGCCGCCCGCCGCGCCUAGCGCGCACCUGCAGCCCGGGGCGACGCUGUACCCGAGCCGAGCGAUCGCGCCCCCCGGGGUCCCCGGAGUGGCCCUGGGCUUGCAACCGGCGCCCGGCAGCCCGUCUGCGCCGCUGCCGCCGCCCGCGCACGCCCUGGGUGGCAUGGACGCCGAACUCAUCGACGAGGAGGCGCUGACGUCGCUGGAGCUGGAGCUCGGGCUGCACUGCGUGCGGGAGCUCCCCGAGCUCUUCCUGGGCCAGAGCGAGUUCGACUGCUUCUCGGACUUGGGCUUAGCGCCGCCCGCCGGUUCCGUGAGCUGCUAGAUCACCAGCCCGGCGCCUGCCUGACUGCCCG